AUGAUUCCACUCGAAGAAAGAUUCGCCAUCCACAGUAAAUCGUGCGCUGGCGCUGAUGAUGACCCAAGAUCCAUUUCCGUUACCAAUAUUUGGGAUUGGGAUCAAUUGCGCAUGAUCAAAAUAAAAGGCUUCUUGACGAAUCUCCCAGCUGAGGAGGAAGUAGAACGUUCGAUAUUGGCGCAAUUUGCCGACUAUUUAUCUCCAGAAGUUCGUGCUGUUCAGCUUGACCCUGAUGGACUCAUCUAUGGAGUCUCCCUAGACCCAGAGGAGAAUGAGACGAGUUUUGUCCCUUACCCUCCGUUCUCGAUAGUGAAAUCCCUUGCUGGAUGUCGCACGAUCAAGCACUCCCAGCUUCAGGAGCUUGAUCGGCUUGCACCAGGUGUUGACUUUUCAUCAUACGAAGACGAGAAUCAGAAUACACGAAAGGUUGCCUUUAAAUACCAGAUGUCGCCCAUACUCUUCAAUUUACAAAGGGCCUGGGGCGAGAUUCACCUUCUCAAAAGCCUGCCACCGCAUCCCAAUUUAAUACCGUUUGAUGGCGUCGUUCUCGAAGAUGUAGAGUCCCGUGUGAUUGGAUUCACUAUGAAGUACAUUCCAGGCAGAGCUUUGAGUGAUCUAAAGAUACCUUUCCGAUUUGAGUGGCUACAACAGCUUACCCAAGUCGUGGACUUUUUAAACUUAAACCUAGGGGUCAUGCACCAAGAUAUUGAACCACGCCAUUUACUUAUCGAUCCUGACACACAAAAGCUCCUUUUAUUUGACUUUGAUCAGGCUUCCUGCGGGAUGAAAAGAUUGUGGGAAGGUCGUGACGACAUUUCUUGUGUUGUUUUCACAAUAUACGAGCUCAUAACGAACGACUCUCACUACGCUCGGAUGUUCCGUACGGACCGAGAUAGAGAAAUGGUGCAGAAUCUUCCCGAAUGGACCCCGAACCGUGAAUUGGAUGUCGAUGUUUCCGUGUUUCGCAAGUUUUUGGAUGACUGGGUAAAAAAGCGGCAAUCUGGUGGCAUCAUGGAACAAUAUCUUAACGCGCCUAACCGACCUUGA